AUGAAUGGCUGGCUUGAGGCCAGUAUGGUGCAUUCCUUGAUCAAAUCAUACUCCCUACUUGAUUACAUGAGGAUAGUCCGGCCCAAGGUGGCCUCCAUGGAAGAGAUGGCAAGCUUCCAUACGGAUGCCUACCUACAGCAUCUGCAGAAGGUCAGCGAGGAGGGUGACGAUGACCAUCCAGAAUCUGUGGAUUAUGGCCUAGGUUAUGACUGCCCUGCCACGGAAGGGAUCUUUGACUAUGCAGCUGCCGUGGGAGGAGCCACCAUUACAGCAGCCGAGUGUCUGGUGGACGGCAAGUGCAAGGUAGCAAUCAACUGGCCUGGAGGGUGGCAUCAUGCCAAGAAAGAUGAAGCUUCUGGCUUCUGUUACUUGAAUGAUGCUGUUCUGGGCAUCCUACGGCUGCGGCAGAAAUUUGACCGUGUCCUCUAUGUGGACCUGGAUUUGCAUCAUGGGGAUGGUGUUGAAGAUGCUUUCAGUUUCACCUCCAAAGUCAUGACGGUCUCUCUGCACAAAUUUUCACCGGGAUUUUUCCCAGGAACAGGAGACGUGACUGAUGUGGGCCUGGGGAAAGGGCGCUAUUACAGUGUCAAUGUGCCAAUCCAGGAUGGUGUCCAAGAUGAGAGAUACUAUCAGAUCUGUGAGACAGUGCUGAAGGAGGUCUACGUGGCAUUUAGCCCUGAAGCUGUGGUCCUACAGUUGGGAGCUGAUACUAUUGCUGGUGACCCCAUGUGCUCAUUUAACAUGACCCCUGUGGGUGUUGGCUGGUGCUUGAAGUACGUGCUGCAGUGGCAGCUGCCGACCCUCAUUCUGGGAGGAGGCGGAUACCAUCUGGCCAACACUGCUCGCUGCUGGACGUAUUUGACUGCGGUCAUUCUAGGGAAAACGCUGUCUUCUGAGAUCCCAGAUCAUGAGUUCUUCACAGAUUAUGGCCCAGAUUAUGUGCUGGAAAUCACACCAAGCUGCAGGCCGGACCGCAAUGAUCCUCAGAGAAUCUGGGACAUACUCAGCUGCGUAAAAGGGAAUCUGAAGCAUGUGGUUUAGGAGGAAAAGGAGAGCUUUUCAUGCCACCUCUCCUGGGCCAGACUGAUUGCAAAUGGUGCGUUUUGCUGCCGCCAGGGGACUUUGGAAGAAGAUGCUGCCACCCCACUGCUCCAGGGACUCUACAUGACCAUUGAUGCUGUUGUCUUGACAACCCACUUCUUAAAAAGUAGUAGUAUUAUUGGGGGGGGAAGGCUUGUUAUGAUGGUUUUUAAGCCAGUUAGGCUGCAUUUCCAUGUGUGGUUUUGGUGCUCAGUUUUUUACCUUGUGGGGACCACUGAUACAGCUUGCCUGGCUAAUGGCAAAGGUGUGCUAUACCACUAGGGAUGAGAGAGUGGGGCCUUAGGCCUUCUGCCUCUUGGA